AUGUUAAAUUUGAGACAUUUAAAAUUAAAGUAUUCGACCAUAAAAUUAGUAGCGCAGUACUAAAGUUGUGCAACACUGUCUUUUAGUAUGUUUUGGGAGUGUCUUUCUAUUCAUUCACUCUCCUCAUUCAGCUAUGUGAAUGUAUUGGUUAAAGGGGCAACGAUGGUUUCGCCCGCGCGAUUGUUUUGGUACAUGCACAAAGAGCAAAAUAAAAACAAUUUGUCUUCUGACGUCGAUGGUUACGGCGGCAAUAACGAUUGAAAAAUUUGACGUUUCCUGUGUAGUUAAUGUGGCUCUUAUUUGCUAGUUUUGUGCAGUAUUUACACAUUUAUUUGGAAAAAAGACUUUAAAUUAAAUUAUCAAUAUAUUUGUUAAAACAAAAACGACAAAAUCUAUGUGUAAGGUGAAUAUUAGUUUUAAAUACAUGUGAAAAUUCGAUGGCUAGAAUGAACAGUGAAACGUGUGAUGUGAGAUGAUACAAAACAGGCCAGACGACGCAGCUGCAUAAAGUGGUACAUAAAAACAAGAAGGGCGACGUCGACGCUUACAAAUAGCUAUAUCAAAAUGAGAAAAUGGCAAAACGAAAAUAUAAACAGUAGAAAUAAGAAAGAUGAUGAUGAUGAUCGUAUAAAUGAUAAUGACCAUAAUGGGGCUGUGUUUGUCGUUGCGUUGUUACGGAUGAUGAAUGCCAAUCAGUUAUGGAGCAGGAAAUGUAAACGUGCUAUAAAGUGUGUGUAUGUAUACACGCAAGUUCCAAGACCAAAAUGUGAAGUAGUUUUAACGGUUUCUUUGGACGGGCAAUCACUGAUGCGGUUUUUACUUUGUUCAAAGCGUUUUAUUUAUGUUUCUUCUUCUAUCUUACUUCGGUGUCAAUGUACUUAAGAAUGUUCGGUAUAUUUACAGAAAUUAUUAACGUGAAAAUAAUAAAUUGCAAAAAUCACAGUACCAAGAUAAAGUGUUUACAUACAUUGAGAACAUUUACACUACAUACACGUAUAAGCAUAAAAGAGAACAGGCCAAUCGCGACUACUCACGAAAGAGCGGGGAAGUAUAUAAGAAACUCUGUUAUUUUGGACAUGUCAUGUCAGCAAGUAUCACGACUCACUACAACAACAGCAAAAGAAGAUUUAUCUGAAGAUCAGGAUCCGUAUGUGUUCACAGAAACAGUGCCAACCACGCCACCCAUUUUAUUUAACGCUCAGAAAUCGCGAAGCCGAGUUUUUGUAGACACGCAAGCAAUAACAACAACACCACCAAUACCAAUACAAACAUUAUCACCAACACCAGCUGCUGUAGCAACAGCAACUACAAUAGCGCCAACCAUAGCAGCACCAACGCCUGCGACAUUAACGCUCGUCACAGCUGCCGCCAAUAAGCGACAAACCACGCCAACAGUUACAACCAACAACCACGCAAAAUUAAAAUUCAAUCAGAAACUGCCAUUGGGACCGUUGAAUGGCAAUAAUACAAAAACGCAGGCGACAACGACGUUGGCUGCUGCAACGGGCCAUAAUGGGUCCACAGCAGCGGCAACGUCAAAAGUCGUUUCGCCUACAACUGUGAAAAUGACAAAUUCGCAAUCUCAAUCUCACAAGCAGCAGCAGCAGCAGCAAAGGAAAGCUCUAAAUGUAUGUAUAGUGCGACCUCAGCAGCAGCAGCAGCAGCAACAACAACAUCAUCUUACUCCGACUUUGCGACAGCAACAGCACUAUAAAGGGCAACAGCAGCAGCAGCGAAAGCAAUCAGCUUCACCGCCGCCGCUGCUACAACACACGCCAUCAUUAUGGCAGACACCGUUGCUGUUGGACACAACCUCUGCAGUGGUUAGCCCACCGACAUCACCCGCUUCAAUGUCCUCACCAACAGUUGAAACUAGCAUAACACCCACUUCAGUAACGUUGUCCACAGCAGCAGCUACGGCUAUGGUAAGCCCGUUGAUUACUGUAUCGGCUACACCAUUACCACCAUCCAAAUUCCAUCACAACACAUUGGCACAGCAUUUACAGAAAGUCGAAUGCAUUAAAAAGCCAAAGAAAUCAAUUGUUGGCGUCGAUGGCAUAAAUAGCAAACAAGUGGUGCAGUUUGCACCACACCAAUAUAAUCAGGAGCAAGAUGUUUUGCUUAAACAACAUCAGCAACAGCCACAGUUGAUGUUGCAGCAACAACACUUAAAUGAAGUAGGCGCCAAAACUGUAGUAGUGCAACCUACAUCAACCCUCACGAAUACACAUUUGUCCCAACAGUCCCAAACACAAAUGCAGAUGCAAAAGCCAUACGUGAUGGCCACAUCUUCAGCACCGCCACCGUUGCAGGCAAUUCAGGCGGUUACACCACCACAACAUUCCGAUUCCGAUUUGAAUGAGAUUCCAGUAAAUGUUAUAUUUCGUAAGCCUCAAGCCUCGGGUGAAAGACUUCAUACGCAACUCAGUGGCAAUGUAAAUGUUAGUGCAGCGGGUACUAACAGCGACAAAGUCAAUGCAAAGGUAAACAGUAAUAGAAGCUCAGCACAGGAGGCAGCCAAAAAAAUUUCAACAAAUAUAAAACCGAAAAAUAUGCGCAUUAUACCAUCCAUUGCUCAGCCGAAGAGAAAGUCGAUUCCAAUCCUGGCUGCAGAAGCCACAACAUUAACAACAACAAGUUCACAGCCACCUCCAAGUGUGCUACGCGAUAUUGUUUUCACGCAUACUGGCACUGUGAAGUUUGCAACCAACAAAGAAGAUACUUCGCCGCCACCUGCCCACAUAUACAACGCACCUCGAGCUCAACCACCUGCGGCUAUAACAAAACAGCAACAAAAUAUGUCUUCCGUGGCCAAGCCACUACCACUACCACCACCACCACCACUACAACCACAAACACAAUCACUUAAAUAUGCUACUACAAUAACCCCUGCUCAAGAUACACGAAAGCCGGUAGAAGUUGUUAAAAACAUGUGCGAGGAACAGAGUUACCCGCAAAAAAUAACAGAUACCAACAAAACAAUCGUUGCGGCCAAAGCCACUUCUGCGACUGCAAAGAAUAUACCGAAACGAAAAACACCUGCCCCGCCUAUGUUUGUAACAAAAAACAAAAAUCACUUGCCACCCUUCAUAAAAAAGCGCAUCAACAAAAUGGGUCCUGUUCAUCGAACACAUGAUAAUGAAAUGAUGAUCAGUGGCAAUGCUGUGUCAGAGAGCGGCGUUGGCGCCAAUGCACAAAUCAAACACAAUCACCAUGCAGUGGCGGUGGUAAAGAUGUCGACAGCCGAAAUUGAGGCUGAUACCACAUUGUUGGCAUCUGCCUCAGUUUUACCAUAUUGCGUACAGAAACAUUGGCUAUAUAUAACCCGUGAGUCGCAGUUUGUUCGGGGUGUUGGUGUGGUUGCAUCCACAGUUGGUAAAAGUGUUGAUACGUUGAAAGAAAUUUUUAAGUCGGCUAACGAUCGCGAGCUGUAUAUUACACAGAGGAAAACGCUUUUGCAUCGUCAGGCUUUGCAGCUUCUCUCCACACAUUCGUUGCAGAAACUGCCAAUGCAGGCAGCAAAACGCCGAUUGAUGUGCGUGGAUCGUUUGUUGCGAAAAUACCAACGUCACGGCGAGGAAGAUCUAACCGCUGAAACGAUAUGUAAUUUCGUGGGUUGCACUAAAUACGUUCUUGAAAUGGCGGAUCAAUGCGAAGAUCACAUUGUAAACAAUAUGUCACAGCACAUCUUCUUGCCGUGUACGGCGAAGUUCGCCGAUAAUACCCAAUGCCGUAUCCCGGUAUUCGAUAUUAUACACGAUCUGCCGUUGUGUACAGAGCAUGCGCGUAAGCGUGAUGCCUAUAAUCGCGCUAUGCAUUAUCAACAGCGUUCAGGAAAUCAAAAAUAUGCAGCGGCCACGCUCACCACACCAAUGACACAACCACCAUCAAUGGAUUGUGGUGCAGGGGACUUGUUACAUCAACUACAGCAAAUUAAGUACCAACAUAAACAACAACAGCAACAGCAACAGCAAUUAAACACUCAAAGUAGUCCACAUAAUGCUGCCGCUACUAUGGGCAAGAGCAAAAAGUCGGCUAAUGUGAAAUCGACAACUGCCCGCAAACGCAAAGCAUCUAAUACACCGGCGGCUAAUACGGUUGGUCGCACGCAAAAGCGAGCACGCAAAGUGGGUAUUAACGGUACGCCGUCCGUGUCUGUUGUAGCUGCUACAAUAGCGCCUUUACAAUUGACUUCAGCAGUGCUGCAACGUAAGAGCAGUACUACUUCACUAGAAUCAAUCGCAAGUAAUUCGCAAUCCUCCAGCUCGCAGCCGCAUUAUAUCUCUUCGAAUAUGAAUGUUCAAGGUCAAUGUAAGAUUGCAAUGCCGGCAUUGGCUCCGCUCAGUGGACAUAAUGCGCCAGUUGUGAGUAAUACUUUAACAUCGGUACCUGCGCCUAAACGUAUGCUUCAUUUCAACACCAAUAGUGUUUAUAAUAGCGGUGCAACAAUAGGCACAAACACCGCUGAUAAAGUGAUGGCUCAAGAUUUCAAACCACCGGAAAUCAAUCAAUUGGUGGCACAAUUUUCUGUAGCAGUGAAUAACAGUAAUAGCAACAGCAAUAACACAAAUAACAAUGAAAAUAGCAAUAGCUUCAACACAUACAAUAAUAGUAACAGUAUAAAUAACUGUUACAAUUACAUAACCACAAAUAGUGAUUCCAACUUCACUUCGGCGCUAGGCUCGUCAUCAUCUUUACCUUCGUCAUCGGAGGAAUUAUUCCGACAGGAUUUGUUGAGCGUUUGUGAGAACAGUUCAGCAUAUGCUAGCUCUGAGGAUACCGGCUUGGGUGGUUUGAGUGAGACUGAACUGAUGGUUGGACCCAAUGAUGCAGAUGAUAUACCGUUGGGCGAUACACGUUUGCUGGAGGAGCACGACUUGGCGAAUGUGCUUAGUGGGCUGCCAGAGGAUGCAUUCAAUGAGUUAUUUACCGCAGUGCAUCAAGAAGAACGUGAGGAAGUCGAGAGAGCUCUCGAAUUGGCUGAUAAACAUCUAAAGAGUCUUCAGCAGACAAUUGGUUCGGAUAUCGAUUUCUUAGCUGAUUUUCCUGACGAUGAUGAGAUUCUAGCUGAUACCGAUGCAAUGUGCGGAAACAUGGAUAUUGUGUCGUCAGUGAUGCAUUCGCCCGACGCCACAUCCGGUAUUGAUACUUCAACACUAUUUAUCGAUAGUGGCAGCAACAGUGUAGGUGGCGGUGGUGGUGGCGGCAGCAUUAAUUCCAACAAUAUGGCCGACAUACGAGGUCUUGUACAAACGCUAUAUCAAUAUUUUGCGCUGUAUAUAUUUUUUACGACUGUACCACAUCACGGUAGUACCCAUUACUACUUAGCAUUUGCUCAUUUACAUUAUGUGAGCAAAAUAUUUUGUAAAACUUUUAAAAUAAAAUCAUGUAAUUGAAAAGUGUGUUUAACUUCAAGUUGCACUAAAUUAAAAAAAAAA